ACACGGUUGUCGAGAACUUCCACCGGCGGGAAAUUGUGGAAAAGUGCUGAUUGCGUGCGUGAGUGUGUGCGUGAGGGAAAAGCGAAAUUCUCCGUCCAAGCAAGAAACAACAACAACAAACACAAACGAAGUUCCGUAGUUCCUGCGUUGCCCACAAGCCGCAAAACCGAAUCAUUAAUAAAGAAAAGCCCUGCCGUCGACAAUAUUGUUUCGCGGUCCCUGCAUGUUGACACGGCUUAAAUGGGGCAUUAAGUGCUCGGUGGCCAGUUCUCGGUGUUCAGUGCUCAUACAUGCAAUUUCUGCUAAUCACAAGUGCAAAAAUCCCCUCUGUGUGCCCAACUGGCUGGCAAAAACGAAAGGAUUAAGCUCCUGGAUCCACAUCAGUGGUAUGUCCCUUCCGAGUCGACAGGCGUAAAGCUGAUUGCCCGGUGAUAUAAGAACCGAACUUUAACGAGGAAGGAACAGCAAUAGGUUAGAGGAGGAAUAUGGAGUAACCAGGAGCAGAAAAGUGGACAAAGUGACAGGCGAUAGCCACAGAACAACACAGGAAAAAGAGGAAAGCUGGUCCAGUUGACAGGAGCUCAGCCAAUAAAAGCCAACCGAACUCAGUCCGGGCCACAUUCGGACACAUUGAUGCAAAAAGGCAGAGGAGGAGGCCAACAGCAACCGCAGCAAAACAAAGCUGGAAAACUCGAAAAGUUGGUCUGAAACGGUCCGUAGGAGGAGCAAAAAGAGAAAAGCGAGGAGCAGCCAGCGGAAGCCGAGGCUGAAAAGUUCCCAAAUUUGGUAGACAGACCUCCUUCUCCUUCUCAUUCUGGCCUGGCCGUAUCAUUCCCAUACCCACUUCCAACCGGAACAGUUAGCAGCAGUUGGAAUUUGAUUUUAACGCUUAUUCGAGAACUUGGGAUCUGUUCCGAAUCCUCUGUCUGUGGCACCAGCAACUCUGACAACCGUCACCCAAAGAAGGAGCAACUGGCACCCGAUUUAAAAUCAGCACCAGGAAAACUUCACCUCGGAAAACUCCCCUUUUGAGCUACGCAUCAAUGGAAACACAUUGAGAUUUGCUGUCAAAGGGGAGCAACCGGAAGAGGCAGAAGGACCAAGUGGAGCUGUGGAAAUGCCCGCCACUUGCGGCGACACAUGCUCUGACAAUUUAUUGACUCCUCGCGGCACCCACUAAACAAAUCCUGCCCCACCAUGGGACUCCUCCCUCCGCCCCUCGUGCUCCUCCUUGUAUGCCUAACGUCCGUCAGUGGCUAUCUGAACAUUUUCAUCAGCCACCACGAGGUGAUGAAACUGAUGGGACUCGAGGCGGACCUUUUCUAUGUGCACGAGGGAGCCAUCAACACAUAUGCGAUGCACUUCACCGUUCCAGUGCCCGCGGAUGUCCAUGAGCUGGAGUUCUCCUGGCAGAGUCUCAUUGCCUAUCCACUGCCGUAUGCUAUAAGUAUCGAGUACAACAACGACCAGGAGGCAUUGGGCACACCCACGCUGAGUAUUCCGCACAAGGGUCUGGUUCCACAGGAGAUCGAGUCCUUCCUGGUUUACCUGCCCUGCACGGGAAAUGCGAGCCUGCAGAUGCCCGUCAAUGUCAACAUGGUGGUGCGUGGCCCUCCUCGAUUCAACGACACCCGCCUCCACUUCAAGCGGAAUAAGAUCUGCGCCAAAGGCAUCUCACCUGAGCCCAAUCAAUCGCCAGCCCCCGCCCACGCUCCCUCGCAAGGACCCGCCCUCCUGAGUGCAGCCGCCUGUGCUCUUGGUUUGGUUUUGGCCGUAGGUCUAGUGGCCAGCAUGAUGUAUGUGAGGGCGCGCAAACAGCUUCGCCAGGACUCGCUACACACCAGUUUCACCACCGCAGCUUAUGGCAGCCACCAGAACGUGUUCAUCCGUCUGGAUCCCCUGGGAAGACCGCCGAGUGCCACGGGAUCCUAUGCCACCAUAGCCAGCCUCAACAAAUACCCAGCGGACAGCAAGAAGUCAUGCAGCAUAUUCGACCGUUUCAGGAGCUCACCCACACCCACGCCUUACGCCACUGCGUUGCUGCCCAUGAACCUUGAACAGACCGCAGAGACGAUUUACUCGAAGCCAGAGUCGAUCUGUCCCUCGAGGAUUUCCUACUACGCCUCCUCGCAACUGACCCAGGCCUGCAGUCUCUCCACGCCGAAGAGCAUUCGUAGCAAUGGCAAUGGUCAUUGCACUAGCGGAAGCGGAAGUUUAAGUCUUUUUGGGGGAAUCCCCACGGGAAGCACAAUAACCAUGGCCAGUCAUGGCGAGAAGGGAAACCAGCGUCUGCGACGUAUUCCCAGUGUCCAGCCGGGUGCCCUUAGCUAUGAGGAGCUGGUCAAGGAAGGCACUUUUGGCAGGAUAUAUGCCGGGAAGUUGGGUGAAUCCUGUGAGGCACUCGUUAAGACAGUCAUCGAUGGGGCCUCGCUCACCCAAGUGGCAUGUCUGCUGCAAGAUGCCUCGCUACUGAUUGGGGUCAGUCAUCAGCAUAUAUUGGCACCGCUGUUGGCUAACACAGAGCUGCCGGGUCCACCGGAGAUCGCCUAUCCCUAUCCGUCCAAGGGCAAUCUCAAGAUAUACUUGCAAAAAUCGCGGGAGUCCAGCACGGCUUUGAGUACCCGGCAGCUGGUUGAGUUUGGGCUGCACAUCACCAAGGGACUAGCCUAUCUGCACUCUCUGGGAAUUGUUCACAAGGACAUUGCUACUCGCAAUUGCUACCUUGACGAAGAGUCCUAUGUGAAGAUCUGCGAUAGUGCCCUGUCCCGCGAUCUCUUCCCCGACGACUACGACUGUCUGGGUGACAAUGAGAAUCGCCCACUGAAGUGGCUAUCGCUGGAAUCUCUUCAGAAACGGGUGUACGCCACCCAGGGUGAUGUAUGGGCGUUGGGUGUGACCUAUUGGGAGCUGGUCACACUGGCACAGAUGCCACACGAGGAGGUGGAUAUAUUCGAGCUUACCAAUUACUUGGCUGCCGGUUUCCGGUUGGAGCAGCCCGUCAACUGCCCAGAUGAAUUCUUUACCGUUAUGAACUGCUGUUGGCACUGCGAGGCCAAACAACGGCCCACGCCCUCGCAACUGCUCUCGUAUCUGCAGGACUUCCAUGCGGAUCUCGGUAUGUACAUCUAAGCGAGAAGGGAGAACGACUGACGGCCGGGUACCAGGCGGUAACCAAGUGAAGUCAAGCGGAGCGAAGCGAAGCCCAAUAUAAAUUAAUAGAAACUUUUGCAUUUUAAAUGUGAGAUUAAAUGUGAAUUUACCUGUUAGAGUUUGGCGCAAAACCAAUUUCAAUGAAAGCCAGCUAACUUCAGAUACGUAAGCAAACACACAAAUACACACACAAGUACACUGGGGUGGGCCUCAAUAUGUGUUUGAUUUUAUUUUUAAUAAGCAGUUAAGGCUUAAGUAGACUGUGUAAGGGUUAACAGACAAAGGUCACACUGCCUAUGAGCAAUAAACAUCGAAUAUUCUAAGGCCACACUGCGUAUGAGUGAUACUAAGCACUUUCACUAAAACAUCAACUUAUUAAGAAGUUAAAAGCUAAUCUAAGCUCGCAAUACUAUGGUAUUAAGAUACAGUUUUAAAAGAACUCACUUGACUUUGGCCACACUGCGUAUGAGUGAUACUCAAGACCAAAUUCACUGCCCUUGAAAGUUUCAGCACUUGAAAAGUCAAAAACCAAGCGAGGUCCACCCAACAACAAUAGAACAGCUAUCAAUUUCCAAAAACCAAAACCGAUGACACAAAGUCUGGCACGAAAAGGGUCCCCAGGCGGCGCACAUGGGUUAAACGUUAGAUAAAACUGACAUUUAAGUAGUUAGCAAUUGAAUAACAAACACUCACAAGCAUCUAAAGACACACAAACACACACAGAACAAACCUUACAUGAUAAAUGAAUGUGAAUUAUUGAUGUGCAUAUUUUAUUGAAUGUGUGUAGUGUAAGCAAAAAGGAAGAAAAGGAGAAGGAUUGAAAGGGAGUAGGAGUAGGAGGAGAAGGAGAAGGUGCGACAACAGGAUGCGGAAUCUUUUGUUCACGGAAUGUUGUCCUCGAGAUUGUUACGAAAGCGAUAUAUUUAUUUACCUUGAUUAUUAUUAUUAUUACUAUUGCGUAUUGACAUAAGGGAGGAAGUUCAAAACAGAAUCUGAAUCAGGUGAAAAGCAAAGAAAAUGAGCAAAUGUUAAACCGAUGGCAAAGAACAAAACAUUAUUCACACCCACAGCCACAAAUUACACAAAUGACACAAUUGCAUGCAUAGAGCUAUCCUUAACCCCUUAACGCCUAAUAUAGCCUUUAACACUUAACCCUUUAACUUGCUCCCUCGCCCGCUUG